CAGGAAUGCGGUCUGCCUGACUCAUCAGCUCCUCCUUCCUACCUGCCGCCCAGCCCAUAAAGCGGUCCCCUUCCCGCCGCCGUCCGCCCUCCCUGCAGCCCGCCCUCUGGACAGUCCAGGCUCGCCCGCGCGCCGCAUCCGGAGCCGCCGAGCGGAGCCCAGCGCGGGGAGGGCGCGAGUCAGCCCCAAGGAGGAAGAGAAUGGCAGGGCCGCAUCCCAGCUGGUGGACCAGGCUGUUGCUGGCAGCCCUGCUGAGCGCCAGCUUCCCCGGGGACAUGGCGAACCGCUGCAAGAAGGCCCAGGUGAAGAGCUGCACGGAGUGCAUCCGCGUGGACAGAGACUGCGCCUACUGCACGGACGAGAUGUUCAAGGAACGGCGCUGCAACACCCAGGAGGAGCUGCUGGCUGCGGGCUGCCGGCAGGAGAGCAUGGUGGUCAUGGAGAGCAGCUUCGAGAUCACAGAGGAAACACAGAUCGACACCACCCUGCACCGCAGCCAGGUGUCCCCCCAGGGGCUGCGGGUGCGGCUGCGGCCGGGAGAGGAGCGGCGCUUUGAGCUGCAGGUGUUUGAGCCCCUGGAGAGCCCCGUGGACCUGUAUAUCCUCAUGGACUUCUCCAACUCCAUGUCUGACGAUCUGGACAGCCUCAAGAAGAUGGGGCAGGAUCUGGCCCAGGUCCUGAGGCAGCUCACCAGCGACUACACGAUUGGAUUUGGCAAGUUCGUGGACAAAGUUAGCGUCCCUCAGACAGACAUGAGGCCCGAGAAGCUGAAGGAGCCCUGGCCCAACAGUGACCCCCCCUUCUCCUUCAAAAACGUCAUCAGCCUGACGGAAGAUGUGGAGGAGUUCCGGAACAAGCUAAAGGGAGAGCGGAUCUCAGGCAACCUGGACGCCCCCGAAGGAGGUUUCGAUGCCAUCCUGCAGACGGCCGUGUGCACCAGGCACAUCGGCUGGCGCCCCGACAGCACCCACUUGCUGGUAUUCUCUACCGAGUCGGCCUUCCACUACGAGGCGGAUGGCGCCAACGUGCUGGCUGGCAUCAUGAGGCGCAACGACGAGGAGUGCCACCUGGACACCACGGGUACCUACACCCAGUACAGGACACAGGACUACCCGUCGGUGCCCACCUUGGUGCGCCUGCUCGGCCAGCACAAUAUCAUCCCCAUCUUCGCAGUCACCAACUACUCCUAUAGUUACUACGAGAAGCUGUCCUCGUAUUUUCCUGUCUCUUCACUGGGGGUGCUGCAGGAGGACUCUUCCAACAUCGUGGAUCUGCUGCAGGAUGCCUUCAACCGCAUCCGCUCCAACCUGGACAUCCGGGCCCUGGAAAGCCCCCGAGGCCUGCGGACAGAGGUCACCUCCAGGAUGUUCCAGAAGACGAACACUGGGUCCUUUCUCAUCCGGCGGGGGGAAGUGGGCACAUACCAAGUGCAGCUGCGGGCUGUCGAGGACUUGGACGGGACUCACGUGUGCCAGUUGCCAGAAGCGGACCAGAAGGGCAACAUCCAUCUGAAGCCCUCCUUCUCCAAUGGCCUCAAGAUGGACGUGAACAUCGCCUGUGACGUGUGCUCCUGUGAGCUGCAAAAAGAGAAGCGGUCAUCUCACUGCAGCUUCAACGGGGAUUUCAUGUGUGGACAGUGUGUGUGCAAUGAGGGCUGGAGUGGCAAGACCUGUAACUGCUCCACUGGCUCCCUGAGCGACCUGGCGCCCUGCCAGCGGGAGGGUGAGGACAAGCUGUGCUCGGGGCAGGGCGAGUGCCAGUGCGGCCACUGCGUGUGCUAUGGCGACGGCCGCUAUGAGGGUCAAUUCUGUGAAUACGACAACUUCCAGUGCCCCCGUGCCUCCGGGUUCCUCUGCAACGACCGGGGACGCUGCUCCAUGGGCCAGUGUGUGUGUGAGCCUGGCUGGACAGGCUUGAGCUGUGACUGUCCUCUCAGCAAUGCCACCUGCAUUGACAGCAACGGGGGUAUCUGUAAUGGGCGUGGCUACUGCGAGUGUGGCCGCUGCCACUGCAACCAACAGUCGCUCUACACAGACACCAUCUGCGAAAUCAACUACUCAGCGAUCCGCCUGGGCCUCUGUGAGGACCUGCGCUCCUGUGUGCAGUGCCAGGCGUGGGGCACCGGUGAAAAGAAGGGGCACAUGUGUAAGGAGUGCAGCUUCAAGGUCAAGAUGGUGGAUGAGCUUAAGAAAGCGGAGGAGGUGGUGGAGUACUGCUCCUUCCGGGACGAGGAUGACGACUGUACGUACAGUUACACCGUGGAGGGUGAUGGCACCCCCGGGCCCAACAGCACCGUCCUGGUGCAGAGGAGGAAGGACUGCCCCCCCGGCACCUUCUGGUGGCUCAUUCCCCUGCUCGUGUUCCUCCUGUUUCUCCCGGCACUGCUGCUGCUGCUCUGCUGGAAGCACUGUGCCUGCUGCAAGGCCUGCCUGGCCCUUCUCCCGUGCUGCAACCAAGGUCACAUGGUGGGCUUCAAGGAAGACCACUACAUGCUGCGGGCGAACCUGAUGGCCUCGGAUCACCUGGACACGCCCAUGCUGCGCAGCGGGAACCUCAAGGGGCGCGACACGGUCCGCUGGAAGACCACCAACAACGUGCAGCGGCCUGGCUUUGCUUCGCAUGCUGCCGGCAUCAACCCCACGGAGCUGGCGCUCUACGGGCUGUCCCUGCGCCUUGCCCGCCUUUGCACCGAGAACCUACUGAAGCCUGGCACCCGAGAAUGUGACCAGCUGCGCCAGGAAGUGGAGCAGAACCUGAACGAGGUGUACAGGCAUAUCACAGGCGCGCAGAAGCUCCAGCAGACCAAGUUCCGGCAGCAGCCCAAUGCCGGGAAAAAGCAGGACCACACCAUUGUGGACACGGUGCUGAUGGCGCCCCGCUCGGCCAAGCAGGCCCUGCUGAAGCUGACGGAGAAGCAGGUGGAGCAGGGGGCCUUCCACGAGCUCAAGGUGGCCCCUGGCUACUACACCCUCACUGCAGACCAGGACGCCCGGGGCAUGGUGGAGUUCCAGGAGGGUGUGGAGCUGGUGGACGUGCGGGUGCCUCUCUUCAUCCGGCCUGAGGACGAUGAUGAGAAGCAGCUGCUGGUGGAGGCCAUCGACGUGCCCGUGGGCACUGCCACCCUCGGCCGCCGCCUGGUCAACAUCACCAUCAUCAAGGAGCAAGCCAGCGGGAUCGUGUCCUUUGAGCAGCCUGAGUACUUGGUCAGCCGCGGGGAGCACGUGGCCCGCAUCCCCAUCAUCCGGCGUAUCCUGGACAAUGGCAAGUCCCAGGUCUCCUACUGCACACAGGACAACACAGCGCAGGGCAACCGGGACUAUAUCCCCACAGAGGGUGAACUGCUAUUCCAACCUGGGGAGACCUGGAAGGAGCUGCAGGUGAAGCUCCUGGAGCUGCAGGAGAUGGACUCCCUCCUGCAGGGCUGCCAGACCCGCCGCUUUUACAUCCAACUCAGCAACCCCAAGUUUGGGGCCCGCCUGGGCCAGCCCCAUUCUGCCACUGUUAUCAUUGGAGGCCAAGAUGAACUGGACGGGAACUUAAUGGGCCAGACCCUGUCAUCAACCCCACUCCCCCGGGGUGACCUGGGUGCCCCACAGAACCCCAAUGCCAAGGCCACCGGGUCCCGGAAGAUCCACUUCAACUGGCUGCCCCCUCCUGGCAAGCCAACAGGGUACCGGGUAAAGUAUUGGGUCCAGGGUGACUCUGAGUCCGAAGCCCACCUCCUGGACAGCAAGGUGCCCUCGGUGGAGCUCACCAGCCUGUACCCGGACUGUGACUACGAGAUGAAGGUGUGCGCCUACGGGGCGCAGGGCGAGGGCCCCUACAGCUCCCUGGUGUCCUGUCGCACUCACCUGGAAGUUCCCAGCGAGCCAGGACGUCUGGCCUUCAAUGUCGUCUCCUCCACCGUGACCCAGCUGAGCUGGGCUGAGCCGGCCGAGACCAAUGGCGAGAUCACAGCCUAUGAGGUCUGCUAUGGCCUGGUCAACGAGGACAGCCGACCCAUCGGGCCCAUGAAGAAGGUGCUGGUGGACAGUCCCAAGAAGCGGACGCUGCUCAUUGAGAACCUGCGGGAGUCCCAGCCGUACCGCUACACGGUCAAGGCUCGCAAUGGGGCAGGCUGGGGGCCUGAGCGGGAGGCCAUCAUCAACCUGGCCACCCAGCCCAAGCGGCCCAUGUCCAUCCCCAUCAUCCCGGACAUCCCCAUCGUGGACGCCCAGAGUGGGGAAGACUACGAAAACUUCCUCAUGUACAGCGAUGACGUGCUCCGCUCCCCGACUGGCAGCCAGAGGCCCAGCGUCUCUGAUGACACUGAGCACCUGGUGAACGGGCGGAUGGACUUUGCCUUCCCGGGCAGUGCCAACUCCCUGCACAGGAUGGCUGUGAGCAACGCCGCCUACAGCACCCACCUGAGCCCACACCUGCCCCACCGUGUGCUGAGCACAUCCUCCACCCUCUCGCGGGACUACCACUCGCUGACCCGCCCGGAACACUCGCACCCGUCCGCGCUGCCCGGGGACUACUCAACCCUCACCUCCCUCUCCUCCCAGAGCUCCCGCUUGGCUGCAGGUGUGCCCAACACACCCACCCGCCUGGUGUUCUCAGCCCUGGGACCCACGUCUCUGAAAGUCAGCUGGCAGGAGCCGCAGUGUGAGCGGGCGCUGCAGGGCUACAGUGUGGAGUACCAGCUGCUGAAUGGCGGUGAGCUGCAUCAGCUUAACAUCCCCAACCCCAGCCAGACUUCGGUGGUGCUGGAAGACCUCCUGCCCAACCACUCCUACGUGUUCCGCGUGCGGGCCCAGAGCCAGGAAGGCUGGGGCCCAGAGCGCGAGGGUGUCAUUACCAUCGAGUCACAGGUGCACCCACAGAGCCCACUCUGCCCCCUACCGGGCUCUGCCUUCACUUUGAGCACGCCCAGCGCCCCGGGCCCACUGGUGUUCACUGCCCUGAGCCCAGACUCUCUGCAGUUGAGCUGGGAGCGGCCGCGCAGGCCUGAUGGUGACAUCCUCGGCUACCUGGUGACUUGUGAGAUGGCCCACGGAGGAGGUCCUGCCACCACGUUCCUGGUGGAUGGCGACAGCUCCGAGAGCCGGCUGACGGUGCCAGGCCUCAGCGAGAACGUGCCCUACAAGUUCAAGGUGCAGGCCAAGACCACCCAAGGUUUCGGGCCGGAGCGUGAGGGCAUCAUCACCAUCGAGUCCCAGGCUGGGGGCCCCUUCCCACAGCUGGGCAGCCACUCGGGGCUCUUCCAGCACCCAAUGCCAGGAGAGUACAGCAUCACCACCACCCACUCCAGCACCACUGAGCCCGUCCUACUGGACGGAUUGACGCUGGGGUCCCAGCACUUGGAAGCCCAUGGCUCCCUCACCCGGCACGUGACACAGGAGUUUGUGAGCCAGACACUGACCACCAGUGGAACCCUCAGCACCCACGUGGACCAACAGUUCUUUCAGACCUUUCAGACCUGAGCCCCCGACCCCCACCUCCUCACUCUGGCGCUGCCUCAGCUACUCCAUCCUUGGACCCCUGGCGACCAGCCCACCCGCAUGCUGAUCACAGGGCCGGUGCCUCUGGCCAGAGCAGGGGGUAGGUGUCCUCUGGGAGGCACGAAGUGGUCCCGGAAGGCCCUUCGGUUGCCCUCCUACCCUGGGCCCAAGCCCAUUUGUAACCAAAGAGCUAGGACCAGCAUGACAAGGUCCCAGCUUUGUUCUGCACUUAAUAAAAGAUUUUGCUACUGCU